UACUAGUACCAGUCCUCUCCUCCUGACAGCUAAGCACCAAACCAUCACUUCACUCCCCUGAGCUCACCUUGAUCACCCUCCUCGCCAUCGCCAUGGCCGACAAGCCUCCGCCGCCGCCAACCAAGCCCAAGCCCAAGCCGGCUACGGCUGCUCAACCCGCGCCGGCGCCGGCGACGGCGAGGACGACGCCGCCGCUCAAGAAGCCACCGCCGCUGGCCCCGCCCACGCAGGCGCGCCCGCUCAAGCCGCCGCCGGCGCACCAGUACAGGCAGCAGCAGCAGCAGCAGCCGGCUAAUCGGAAGCGGCAGUACGGGAGGCACCGCGGCGGAGGCGGCGGGUGCUCGGGGCGGCGGGUGUGCUGCCUCGCCACGGGGUUCGUCCUCCUCGCGCUCUGCCUCGCGCUCGCCGCCGCGUGCCUGGCCUACCUCUACUACCACCCGCGCCCGCCGUCGUUCCACCUUCAGCCGCUCGCCGCCACGCGGUUCCGCGUCGGGAACUCCUCGGCGGUGUCCGCCAUGGACGUCACCGCCGCCGUCAGGGUGGUGUCGUGGAACCCCAACGACCGGGUGUCGUUCGAGUACGGCGACGGGGAGGGCCGCGUGGCGCUCGCCGACGCCGACGGCGACGUCGCGCUGGGCUGGGCGCCCGUGGCCGGGUUCCGCCACGCGCCGCGGAGCGUGGCGACGGUGGCGUUCGUGGCGGCGGCGAAGGGGGUGGUGGUCGACGAGGCCGUGGCGGCGCGCGUCCGCGACCGGUACCGGCGGCGGCAGCUGGCGUUCAAGGUGGUGGUGGACACGCACGUCGGCGCGCGCGCCGGCGCGGUGCGCACCGGCAUGGUGCCCGUGAGGCUGCUGUGCGACGGCGGCGCCAUGGCGCCGCGCGGCGGCGUGUCCGGGAGCGUGGUGGGGCCCAUGAGCAAGUGCCAGGUCUACCUCUUCAGAGUCAGAUGGUUUAGCUUGAACUGAAGGGAAAUCCAGGACAGGAGUUGCCAGUUUCUAGCUUCUUACAAUCAGGCUAAUGUCAGUGGUGUCGAAGCUGCUGCUGCUGCCGUAACUUAUUUGCAUUUCCUGCCGCGACGGGAAGGUGAUGAUUUGGUUUUGCUUGGUGGCGACCGUGAUAAGACUGUCACUAUAUAUAAUCUGAAUGAUCUCUGAAGAACCUGAACCUUGAUGGUAUUUUUCGAAGCAUGUAAGAAAGAGAAGAAAGCGAACAAGUUUGUAACUGUAUAUGCAUGACUCCUAGCUCCCCAAAUUCUUUUGAUUGUGUGGUAUAUAUACAUACAUAGCAGGAAUGGAAUUGUUUUCUUUUGUGUGUUCAUAGCUCUCCAAAACCCUGUUCCUUUUUUCUUUUAGAAACAACCCUGUUCUUUAUUUUAA